AUGCUGCACCAGAUCCUGCAGGACAUGUACAUCGACCCCGAGGUCCUGGCGGAGCUGAGUGACGUGCAGAAGCACAUCCUCUUCUACAAGAUGCGGCAGGAGCAGCUGCGGCGCUGGCGGGAGCGCGAGGCGUGGGAUGCCUUGGCGGAGGCGGACGGCCUCAGGCCCCCGAAGGUCAAGCGAGCGGCCAGUGACAAGCACAUCCAGUGGCUCCUGGGGGCGGAUGGCGAGGUCUGGGUCUGGAUCAUGGGAGAAGGCCCUGGUGACAAGCCCUACGAAGAGAUCUCUGAGGAGCUGAUUGCAGAGAGGGCACGGCUGCAGGCGCAGAGGGAAGCAGAAGAGCUUUGGAGAAAGAAGGAGGCAGAGAUCACCAAGAAGUUCCGGGAUGCUCUGGCCAAUGAGAAAGCCCGGAUCCUGGCAGAGAAGUGGAAAGUGGAGAUGGAGGACCGCAAGGCUGCCAAAAUCCUGGAGGAACGAAUCCAUGAGGAAUUCAAGAGGAAAGAGGAAGAGGAGAGGAAGCGAGGAGAAGAGCAGAUUCGCCUGCAGGAGGAGCAGAGGGCGAAGGAACUCUACUGGUCCCUGAAGCAGGCGCAGCUGCAGAGCCAUGCCAGCGAGAAGGAGGAGCGGGAGUGGGCCGAGCAGCUGCGUCGCUCCAAGGAGGCCGAUGAGGAGAGGAGCCGCCGAGCCCAGCGUGCCCGGGACGAAUACCGGAGACACUCGCUUCGUGCCAUCCAGAAGGGCACCGUCGCGGGCCUCAGCUCCAGGUUCCAAGAGCUGGGACAGAGCCAGGAGCAGGAGGCGAGACUCAGUCAGCACCCGUCCAGCCCGGGGCCACUGUCCCCGCUGGCCUUGCCUGUUAGCAGGUCAUGGGAGCGUCCACUUCGGCCUCUCUCCAGAGACGUCAUUGUCCGCUGGUUUAAGGAGGAGCAGCUGCCGCGCCGGGCCGGGUUCGAGAGGAGCACCAGAUGCAUUGCCCCCUGGUUCCACGGAAUUAUCAGCCGAGAAGAUGCAGAAGAUCUCCUGGAGAACAUGACUGAGGGAGCCUUUCUGGUCCGGGUCAGUGAGAAAAUCUGGGGUUACACCCUCUCCUACCGCCUGCAGAAGGGGUUCAAGCACUUUCUGGUGGAUGCCUCUGGGGACUUUUACAGCUUCCUAGGAGUGGACCCCAAUCGCCAUGCCACGCUCACAGACCUCAUUGAUUUCCACAAGGAGGAAAUUAUCACUGUUUCAGGAGGAGAAUUGCUGCAGGAACCCUGCGGACAGAAGGACAGCCCACCAGACUACCAUUUGUUGUUUGAAUAAUUUUCUUUUACCCCUCAGCAAUUGGAUGACCUUGAGUAUUCUUU